UGGUUGCCCCUCGGUCCGUUGCCCAUGUGCCAGCCCGGUGCGAGCUCGAUCGCGUGCUUCUACUGCGCGUAAGGCCGCGCGGAAACCUUGGCGAGUGCUGAACGGAAGCAACCCGAAGAUCGUCGUCACUUAUUCGGUGACUGCGAGAGCUACGCGGACACGAUAUAGCUACCAGUGGAACUAAGUCGCUUCAUUUUUCUCUCAACUAGAAAAUAUUUGCCGACAUAUCUUCUGUUUUAAUUGCGAGGGUGAGAGUGACGGACUACCAGCAUCUUAUUGGCCUCGACGUCCAAGUGGACGUUUUGCAGACGUCGAGAAAAUAUUGACCGAGUUACACUCGUGGCCGCUUCAAUGCUGGUCGCUCACGGCCUCGACGCGUUCUUCUAGAAGAAGUAAAACCUCGGAAUAAGUGAUUGUCGACGCCAUCGAACGCGUAAGUGGUGACCCGUAACAAUCUCACAGACAGUCGGAGACUUGGCAGCGUGUCGUGAGUGACUCGACCAUGCUUACCAAGGUAGACAUCCUCACCAUCACUCUGCUGUUCACGCACCUCAAACCGGAGCAGCAGCCGGAGUACUUCGACAUUCCACCGCCGGGAAUUCACAAGGAGUACGAUUACAUCAUAGUGGGAGGUGGCUCGGCUGGGUCCGUGCUGGCGAACCGACUCUCGAAAGACCCGUCGACACGGGUGUUGCUCCUGGAGGCAGGUGGCCUGGAGGACACGGUGACCGACGUGCCCCUCUUCACGACCAUCAGUCAGUUUUCCGAAAUAGACUGGGCGUUCUACACCGAGACGCAAGAGAACUGCGGCUUCGCCACUGUCAAACAGAGAGACUUGUGGAUUCAGGGCAAGGUGUUGGGAGGCGGCAGCGUGCUCAACUAUAUGAUCUACAACCGGGGCAACCGACGUGACUACGACAACUGGGCCAAAGGAGGCGCCACGGGAUGGUCCUACGACGAAGUGCUGCCGUACUUCAAGAAGUCGGAGGACAACACCAACAGAAGUCUGGCAGAAGAAGGCUACCACGGCUACGGCGGGGAGCUCACCGUCAGUUCGACAAAGUUUCAGACGCCAGCGCUGCACGCCUUCCUCAAAGCUGGCAAGGAGCUUGGCUACGAGGUCAACGACCACAACGGAGCUCGACAAACGGGUUUCAUGGCCAACCAGUUCACUGUUCGGGGCAAAGAGCGGUGGUCCACGGCAAAGGCCUUUGUGCUUCCCAUCUAUGGAAAGAAGGGGCGCAAGAAUCUCCACGUUUCCAUCUUCUCUAAGGCCACAAAGAUCUUGUUCGAGGGAAAGCGGGCGGUGGCCGUUACCUUCAAAAAGGACCAGCGGAAGCAUACCGUUCGAGCCACAAAGGAAAUCAUCAUUUCUGCAGGGGUCAUAAAUUCGCCCAAGCUGCUCAUGCUGUCCGGAGUUGGCCCACGGAAGCACCUCGAAGAAAUGAAGAUCCCGGUGGUGGCGGACCUUCCGGUUGGCGAGAAUUUGCAGGACCACGCGUUGGCCGCCGGCUCUCUGGUGCACCUGAAUGAGAGCCUGGGCGAGGGAUUCACCGGCGUCAGGGGAGCCAUUGAGUACUACCGACACAACACUGGACCCUGGACAAUACCAGGCGGCAUCGAGGGCAUUGCUUUCUACAAGACAAAGUACGCUGACCAGAACGACGACUUUCCCGACAUCGAGAUCAUGUUGAACACGGGUCCACCGGCUUCCACUUACACCGAGCCUUUCCUUAUCGGCCUGGGGCUGAAGCAAGAGGUGUACGACAAGUACAUCUUGCCGCACCGUGGCGAGCCAGCAAUCAACAUGAUCCCUUUUGUGACACGGCCGAAGUCACGAGGAUACGUGAAGCUGCGUUCCACAGACCCUGAAGAUCCUCCGAUAAUUGUCUCUGGCUACUACACACACCCCGACGACGUUAAGGUGAUCGUUGAGGGCUUGAAGUUCGUUCACAACAUCACGAAGACGAAGGCAUUUGCCGAGAUCGGUGGCCAUGUGUGGCGCGAGGUGUUUCCUGGCUGCGAGGAGCACGAGCAAUACAGCGACGAAUACUGGGCUUGCGUAGCACUGGCUUUCCCAAAGACGGCGUACCACCCGGCCGGAACUUGCCGAAUGGGCAGCGACCACAGGGCAGUGAUUGACCCUAGGAUGAGGGUUCGUGGCGGCGUCACCAACCUUCGCGUGGUCGACACGUCGGCCAUCCCGGAGAUGAUCACCGGUCACCUCAACGCUCCGGUCAUUAUGAUGGCCGAAAAGGCGGCCGACAUGAUCCUCGAAGACAACGGGAACAUGGUACCCGACUCGCAGAGGGCCAACUAUCGCGUCCGAGGACGCUCGCCGAAGGAAGUGCCACACGGAGUCCAUUCAGCCGCUGCUUCCUCGAGCCUCUUGCAUGCAGCGUCGUGGCCGCUCCUCAGGGCGAUAGCGGCCGUCUUACUCGCAUGCUUGACAGUUUCGUGACAGCUUCGUGACAGCUUCCUGACAGUUUUGUGACAGCUUGGACCGUUGGUGUCAGAAUAGAAGCUGGGACGUGAGCUUGCGCUAAUGCCGCAACAAAUAUAGUAGAAGGUUCAAGAUAUUUCGUCAGGCAUUACGUCACUUUCACUACGUCACAUCACACAACAUCUACACACUGUCUCGCUGAACGUCAGAGAGAUGCGCAAUAGUUGUUCUAUUCAUUGUGCCGUCUCGUUAUGUUUUAUAGCUCAGUCAUCAGCUGGCCUGAAUGUAUGAUUCGUAUUUUAGGCUGGCCAACAUGCUAGAAAGAAAGUAAGUUCAAUAUAUUACAGCAGUUUAUGCUCACCCAGUCUUGUGUAUCUAAGCAAAGUUAUUAAGCUAGAAAUGCACCCGCUCUUUGAAUUCUCGUAAGCUCCAUUUCAUUCCUUAGGUAAAGGUUGAGUAAGCAAUUGGAUUCAGUCCUGUGUCACGCACCUCGCUCAACAUUUAUCCUUGUUCCUUCUUUUUCUAUGCUGCACUGUAUCGAAAGCCCCUCCGAUUCUGUUCUUCUUCUUCAUCUCUUUCCUCCUCUGUCUGUCUUAACCUGUUAUUCCAGUUUUCUGAAGCCAGUGUGGGAAAGCCAACUGAAGCCCUUUGUGAUUACCCGUCUGCCUUUUUACACUCUUCUUUAGGAUUUUAUUUUCAUUUCUUGACCUAUCGCUUAAUUAUGGUGCUCCAAAGAAGAUGUCCUUGACACAGCGAUGUCCUUGACACAUUCGGUACGGAACAACCCGUAAGUUCUUACCUAUCAACUAGGUACAGCAACACUUCAUAAACGGCCGCCCAUGAGCGAUGCCCCUCUUUUAAUAAAACGCAAUGUGUGAGGUUUUAGCUAAUGCUUAUUCAAUAAAAAUGACCAAAAGGAAAUAAUGUCUAUUUCAAGUUGAACCAAAAUACAUAUUUAAAUAUACGUGAGCAGUAAUGUUGAAGCACGUCAAAAGUUCUGUGAGACAUUUCUAAAUUUUCACUCUAUUUUGUUCAGCUGUACGAGCAAGGUAAGCUUCAAUUUACAAAGAGUAAUUGCUAUCUUAUCAGAGCUCUUGGCUAACAUUUCUUAGGACAAUUUAUUCCAUGAGUCUGUGAAAGCUCUACACGCCUGCUUCUUUGUUGAUUUCAGAAAAAUGUGCCCCAAACAGAAGGUCAAUUAUAUCACGAUUCAGAGAGUGUGACCUUGUGGCUAGUCACAAAGGAAGCAACUCUACGAAUAUGUUCCCGCACUUAGCUGCCUUAGAGUUUGGAAUUGAAGAAAAUGUAUCCCACUUAUAGCUUGCUAUUCUGCUUUUGUACUUGAAGUUUCUACUUGCGGCAGUUUUCUCCAUCUCACACUGACCGAACAGAAGCCUCUUCAUCCUGAACAAUAUUCACUUAUCCCGGUGAAUUUCUGAAAUAACUAGUAAGCGGCACUAGGCUAACAGCUUUAAGUCAGGUCGUCACUUGAGGUGAGAAUCAAUACUACAUAAACUACAUAAAAACAAGCUACUUGAAAAAUACCAAUACUUUUCUUUUUGCAUGCUUUUACCCUUAAAUAGUUGGGUAACGUGAAUGAAAAUCGGUGCACUUUAUUGCCGACAUUGUUAUAAUUUGGUGAGUUAGCAUUAAUGAAUUUCGUCAAAAGAUCAUGCUGUUGGUCCGAAAAUUUUGUAAGCAGUUGUGAACAGUUCUGUUGUGCUGUUGUUCAAUAAACGUUUUGUGGUUAUGA